AUGGCUGAGGCUGUCCUCGACAUUGUGCUUGAGAAUAUCAGCUCUCUCAUUCAGAAAAAACUGGGACUCUUUCUGGGUUUCCAACAAGACUUGGAAAGGCUUGCCAGCUUGCUCUCUACCAUCAAGGCUACACUUGAAGACGCUGAGGAGAAACAAUACUCAAAUAGAGCCAUCAAAGAUUGGCUGCGGAAGCUAAAAGAUGCAGCUUAUGUGCUUGAUGACAUCUUGGACGAGUGUGCCACUGAAGCAUUGCAGUUGGAGUAUCAUGGAGUCACGUGUGGACUAUUAGACACGGUACAAACCUCUUGCUUAUCCUCAUUUCAUCCCAAGCAUGUUGUUUCCCGUUACACGAUUGCUAAGAAAAUGAAGAGAAUAAGAGAAAGAUUAGAUGAAAUUGCCGAAGAAAGGACUAAGUUUCAUUUGACUGAGAUGGUUCGAGAGAGAAAAACUGAAGUCAUUGAUUGGCGUCAAACAACCUCAAUUAUUUCUCAACCUCAAGUUGGAAGAGAAGAAGAUAAGGAUAAAAUUGUAGACUUUUUGGUUGUCCAUGCUUCUCAUUUUCAGGAUUUAUCUGUCUACCCAAUUGUGGGUCUUGGUGGACUUGGAAAAACGACACUUGCUCAACUCAUUUUCAAUCAUGAGAGGGUGGUCAACCACUUUGAGCUGAGAAUUUGGGUAUGUGUUUCUGAAGAUUUCAGCUUGAAGAGAAUGACAAAAGCUAUCAUAGAAGCAGCAUCUGGGCAUGCCUGUGAGGAUUUGGAUCUAGAGCCGUUGCAGAAAAGACUUCAAGAUCUGCUUCAAAGGAAAAGAUAUUUGCUUGUUUUGGACGAUGUGUGGGAUGAUGAUCAAGAAAAUUGGCAUAGGUUGAAAUCGGUAUUGGCUUGUGGAGCAAAGGGUGCUUCAAUUCUUGUCACUUCUCGUCUUCAAAUGGUUGCAUCAAUUAUGGGAACAACAUCUCCUCAUGAUUUAUCAAAGCUAUCUGACAAUGACUGUUGGGAGUUGUUUAAACAACGAGCUUUUGAACCGAAUGCAGCAGAAAGGGCAGAGCUGCUUGUGAUAGAGAAGGAGAUAGUAAAUAAGUGGGGAUUGCCUCUUGCAGCAAUUGCACUUGGAAGUCUUUUGCGUUUCAAAAAAGAGGAAAAAGAAUGGCUCUAUGUCAAGGAAAGCAAGCUAUGGAAUAUACAGGAUGGGAAUUUGGUCAUGCCUGCAUUGCGAUUAAGUUACUUGAACUUGCCUGUAAAAUUAAGACAAUGUUUUGCCUUCUGCGCAAUAUUUCCCAAAGAUGAAAUAAUAAGCAAGCAACAUCUAAUUGAACUUUGGACGGCUAAUGGAUUCAUUUCCUCUAAUGAAAUCUUGGACGCUGAAGAUGUUGGUGAUGAAGCAUGGAAUGAAUUAUACUGGAGAUCCUUUUUUCAAGAUAUUCAGAGAGAUCAAUUUGGCAAAGUUACAAGUUUCAAGAUGCAUGAUCUUGUUCAUGAUCUUGCUCAAUCUAUUUCGGAAGAGGUUUGUUGCAUUAAUGACGACAACGGUAUAACUACUCAGGUUGAAAGAAUCCGACAUCUCUUAAUUUACAGGCUAAAGUUAUCUGAUGAGGCCAAGUCAAUUCAGUUGAACAAUUUUAAGUCUUUGAAAACCUAUACAAUGCCGAAGUACUAUUAUGAUUACCAGCUUCCAGUUGACAUAUUAAAAUGUUAUUCUUUGAGGGUGCUUCAGAGGGAGGGACUAAACAGUUUGCUGCCUAAAAUUGGUCAACUAAAAUAUCUAAGAUACUUGAAUAUUUCUCAUGGUGAUUUUAGAACUCUUCCAGAAUCCCUAUGUGAAUUGUUGAAUAUGGAAAUUUUGAAAUUAGACUAUUGCAGUGAUCUUCAAAGGUUGCCGAUUAAUUUGGCACGCUUAAGAGCUCUACAACAUCUAUCUUUGAGGUUUUGCCACAGACUGUCAAUCUUGGCACGUCAGAUGGGGAUGAUGACUUCCCUAAGGACAUUAAGCAUGUAUAUCAUUGGCAACAAUAGAGGGUUCCUUUUGACAGAACUGGGUCGACUAAACCUUAAAGGCAUCAAGCACUUGGAGAGGGUCAAAAGAGUUGGGGAUGCUCAAGAAGCCAAUAUGUCAACUAAGCACCUAAAUUCAUUGUGGUUGUCAUGGGACAGAAAUGAAGAGUCUGAAUUACAAGAAAAUGAUGAGCAGAUUCUUGAAGUGUUUCAACCUCGUACCCAACAACUUCAGACUUUGGGUGUGGAAGGAUAUAAAGGUUCCCGUUUUCCACGAUGGAUGUCUAGUCCUUCUCUCACACAUUUAAAUCGUUUAGAGUUGGAGGAUUGCAAUGAUUGUUUACAACUUCCGCAACUGGGGAAACUACCCUCUCUAAAGAGUCUAUAUGUAUGUAAAAUGAUUCAUAUAAUACAACUAUACGAAGAGUCCUACGAUGGUGGAGCAGUUUUCAUGGCUCUAGAAUUUCUGUUACUUCACUUCCAUUCUUAA